AAGUGGAAAAAAAAUUCUUCCAGCUGAUCAGCCGAUUCGUGAUGGGAGCUGUGUUGAGUUAUUUCUCUUCGUAUGUUGCCGGGUGUUAAUAGUUCUUAAAAAUAUGGCCUCGACCGAAUCAGACACGCGGACAUCGCGAGAGGAUUCGAUUCGAAGCCCCAAAUUCGACGAUGAUGAUUCGCCCGAGCACUCGGAGAGGAAAAGGCCCCUCGAUGGAGACUCGGAUCUCAGUGAUAGGAAAAAAUCUCAUUUUACCGGAGAUGGGAGCAUUUAUCUGAAAGUCUUAGUACCAAGUGUGGCAGCUGGAGCAAUAAUUGGCAAAGGUGGUGAGACUAUUGCUCAAGUCCAAAAGGAAGUCAAUGCCAGAAUAAAAAUGUCAAAAGCGAAUGACUUCUAUCCAGGUACAACAGAGAGAGUCUGUUUAAUUAAAGGGACUACAGAGAGUGUUAUGUCCAUGCUAACAUUCAUCUGUGAGAAAAUAAGAGACAAGCCAGAUCCCAAUGCCAAGCCAGCCAUGGACUUUGACAGCAAGACUCCAGCUGAGAGAGACAAACAGGUCAAGAUUCUUGUGCCCAACAGUACAGCAGGAAUGAUCAUCGGUAAAGGAGGCAGUUUCAUCAAGCAAAUUAAGGAAGAGAGUGGAGCCUAUAUACAAAUUUCCCAAAAAGCCAAAGACCAGGCUUUACAAGAGAGGUGCAUCACUGUGAUUGGUGAUUCAGACUGCAAUAGGAAGGCAUGCUGCAUGAUUCUCUCGAAAAUUGCCGAAGAUCCUCAAAGCGGUUCCUGCCUCAACGUCAGCUAUGCGGAAGUGACGGGACCUGUAGCCAACUUCAACCCCACCGGAUCGCCUUACGCUCAUAAUGGCGGUGGCGGAGUUGGAGGCAAUGGGGGUGUCGGAGGUAACGGCAAUUCAGGCGGAUACUCUCCUGUCCACAACGGCAACAACGGAGCCUCACCUUACUUAAACAACAUGAGCGUUAACCUCAACAUUGGUGUGGGUCUUUCACAACCCAACCCCGCCAUGCUCAGCCAGCUCAUGGAUCACCUUCGUUCAUCCCUAAGAAACGCUGGGUACCCGGAACAGAGCCUAUCAGAGGUUGGCCAAGCCAUCAACACCUUGGCAAGUUAUGGCAUGAUUGGCAUGAACUUUAGUACUCAUGGCAAUUCGGCUGUGGAUAGCGUGGCCAACGUUGCCGGCAGCUGGAUUAAUCACAACGUGUCGGCAUCUGACGGUGGCCACGGUGUUCCAUCGAGUUCACCCGGUCCAUUUGGACCGAUCGGCUCGUCACCUCAUCGCUACAACGAAUCGUCUUUCGACCCUUUCCGAGGACGUGGCAGCUACCAAACUCCCCUGCCUUUGAAUAAUAACUCGUUUGGAUUGGGCUCGCCCCAUUCGCCGGUUGCUCAAGAUCGCACCAGCGACUCUAUCAAUACGUCACCAAGAGGCUCUGAAAACUCCAGGGCCGAGUUGCAAGUGGGUGAGCACAUAGUGGGUGCCAUUUUAGGUCCGGGCGGCAAGUCGUUGCUGGAAAUCCAGCAUUUCAGUGGGGCCAAUAUUCAAAUCUCCAAAAAAGGGAUUUAUGCGCCGGGGACGCGCAACCGAUGGGUGACCAUCAGCGGAACCCCAAAUGCCAUCAGCACCGCACAAUACCUCAUCGAGCAGCGGAUCAGCGAAGAAGAGGCCAAGCGGGCUCGCCACCACAGUAGCACGGCGCCAAUUCUAAAUCCGUCAUCAUCCAAUAGCUCCACAACCACCGCCGCCGUUCAAUCCAUCGUUCCAAUCAUCCCUCCACCGAGCGCCCUCCAUUCGGCCAUGCCUAUAUAGGUGACCAUUGAUGUGAACAUGCGCACCCUCGACUUAAAACUUGACACAUCUAUACCAAACCCCCUCCAAUCCCAAACUCCCCCCCCCCUCUCCUCAUUUUUCCCCUCUUUACAAAUUCAUCAUUAAAGUAGUAGAGAUUUUUAUUUCUUCACCUUUUUCCCUCUUCCCUAUCCCCAUAUUGAUCUGGACUUGUUACAAUUGAGUCUAGAUUCACCCGGAAGGAAAAAGUGGUUGUGCGCUGCUCAGGCUAAUCAUGCUGCCGUGAGCGGGAGGAGGAAGGAGGAGGUUUACGUCCUGACGAUUUCUUCCAAUGUACAGAGGGAAAAAAGCAAAAACAAAACAAAA